AGGUCCUACUGCUGGGUCCAUCGUCCGCAUCAAGCACUGGAACCAGCAUCAGCGCAGGACACGACCUGCAUCAUUUGCAUGGAGCCCAUGGAUGACAGCAGGUCGUAUACCACCAUGUCAUGUCCAGCCUGCCAACACGCCUGGUUCCACCGGGCCUGCAUCCAGAGAAUGGCCCUGUGCUCUGGGCUUCGCUGCUUCCAGUGCCCCAACUGCAGAGACAGACACGCAUUUCUUCAGGACUUGCUGACUGUGGGGAUCCGAAUCCCAGACAGAAGUCCAAUGUGGAGGAAAAACGAUGGCUAUGCAUCUCUGGGAAGACAUAGGUGCUGUGAUGCCAACGAAUGUUACCCACAGGGCCGGGAACAGGCAGAGGAAGUGGGGCCCUGGCAGCUGCUCCUCUGCAGCUCCUGUGCUGCACAAGGAACACAUCGGCGCUGCUCCAACGUGAGUCUCAGCACAACGAGCUGGGAGUGCGACAGCUGUGCUGGAGAGGGCACCGCCCCCAGCACCAACUUGGACAGCGCUGGCCCCAACUCCACCAGCCAGCACGGGCUGCAGGCAUCUCAAAGCUCUAUGACACCAGAGAGCAGCAGCUCCGGCAGCACCAGCCAGGCACCAUCGGGGCCAGAUCCCAGUUCCCAGGUGCCUGAGCCACUCUCCAGACAUCCAGGGCGGGCCCGGACUCGAAGCCGCUCGCCUCUCCAUCGUCGGGCUGCCGAGACCAACAGCCAGCCCCAAAGACGCUGCAGGAGCCGGUCCAGGCGGCGAGGGCCAGACCAGGGCCAGAGCUGCUCCCGGGUACCACGUCGGGCCCGGCACAUCACCAGCCGGCCCUGCUGAUGCCGCGGGAGUAGCAGCGUGCAGCCUACAUGCUGGCACCGUGUAUUAUUAUAAUAUUUAUUUAUAUAGUUUAUUCUAUAAUAUUAUAUAAUAUUAUUUAUUUAUAUAUUAUUUUUAUAUAUAUAUUUAUUAUAUCCCCUAAUAAAUUUCC